AUGUCAUCAAUGAUGGAGCCACCUCUACUCAACCGUGCAGAUGCAGAUGGAGUUUAUAAUAAGAUUACAUCUUUUGAGUUUGUGUUUAUCUUACAUCUUAUGAGAGAUAUUAUGGGGACUACUAAUGAUAUUUGCCAAGCUUCGCAACAUAAAUCCCAAGAUAUAUUCAAUGCAAUGCAUCUAGUGUCAACUACAAAAGCACUUGUUCAAAAAUAUAGAGAAGAUGAAUGGAUUCCUUUGUUGGAAAAUGUUCAACUAUUUUGUGGAAAAUAUGAUAUAGAUAUUCUUGAUAUGAGUGCUCGCUACACAUCUGGUAGAGGUCGUGCUUGUCACCAAAGAGAUCACAUUACUAUUGAGCAUCAUUUUCGGGUUGAUAUUUUUACAAUUAUAUGUGAUUCUCAAUUGCAAGAAUUGGACAACAGAUUCAAAGAAGAUGUGAUGGAGUUGCUUAUUCUUAGCCCUGCUUUAGAUCCUAGGGAUGAUUACAGUUCAUUCAAAAUUGAAGAUAUAAUCAAGCUUGCAAAUCAAUUUUAUCCUAAUGACUUUACAGAGUAA